UGAAUGCGAGUCUAGGGCUUAAUACUUCCUAAUUCAGAGGGUGCGGGCUGCUAUCAAACUCUGAAGUUAGAGCUAUAAUCUAAUUUGACCUUAAAUCCAGUUGCGGGACCUUGAGAUGUAUGGUCGAGUAGGAAAUGAAAUUAACAUGUCGUGAACUUCUACCCAUCUUUAAAACCCGCUCCGUACCAUGUGAUAGUGUCAGGAACAUGUGAUCGUCCCGGAGGUUGGUCCUCUAAAACCAACAUUUGUUGUCAAGAUUAGGAGGAAGGUAGUUGAACAGAAGCAUCAGCCGUGACUGUUUGGAGAAGCAGCGCCACACAGCAAUCGGCUGAAGACAUGACUCCAGAGAAGGAAGGCAGUGGUCUGGACAACUACGCGUUUGCACUCGAGGGGCGAUUCUGCGAUCUGCCUCGCGCCAAUGGCGGCAAAACGAGCGGCGCGGACCAAGACGGCAACAAGCUGGCGUACUGCGUCACAGACGUUCCCCCCUGGUACCUGUGCAUCGUCCUGGGCGUCCAGCACUGUCUGACCGCAUUCGGAGGCAUCAUCGCCAUCCCGCUGAUCCUGUCCCAGGGCCUGUGUUUGCAGCACGACGGCCUCACGCAGAGCCACCUCAUCAGCACCAUCUUCUUCGUCUCUGGCAUUUGCACCUUGCUGCAGGUCACCGUUGGCAUCAGGCUGCCCAUUCUCCAAGGCGGCACCUUCACACUGUUGGCGCCCUCCAUGGCCAUGCUGUCCAUGCCCGAGUGGACGUGCCCCUCGUGGACCCAGAACGCUAGCUUGGUCAACACGUCGUCCACAGAGUUCACAGAGGUGUGGCAGAGUCGGAUGAGAGCGCUCCAGGGCUCCAUCAUGGUCGGCUCCCUCUUCCAGGUGUUUGUCGGCUUCUCGGGCCUCAUCGGCCUCUUCAUGCGCUUCAUCGGGCCCCUCACCAUCGCUCCCACCAUCUCUCUCAUUGGACUGUCACUGUUCGACUCAGCCGGCAGCAGCGCUGGCAACCACUGGGGCAUUUCUUCCAUGACGACAGCGCUGAUCAUCCUGUUCUCACAGUACCUGCGUCACAUCUCUUUGCCUUUCCCAACGUACAGCAGGGACAAAAAGCUGCACACCUCCCGCGUCUACAUCUUCCAGAUUCUCCCUGUCCUGCUUGGAAUCACUUUGUCUUGGCUGAUCUGCUUUAUCUUGACAACCUACAAUGUGCUUCCCACUGAUCCAGACCAGUAUGGUUACCUGGCCCGCACUGAUAUAAAAGGAGACGUUAUUGGGCAGGCACCCUGGUUCAGUUUCCCAUAUCCAGGCCAGUGGGGGGUGCCCACUGUGAGCCUGGCCGGGGUGGUGGGCAUCCUCGCUGGUGUGAUUUCCUCCAUGAUUGAGUCUGUCGGAGACUACCACGCAUGCGCCAGGCUGUCCGGGGCCCCGCCUCCCCCUAAGCAUGCCAUCAACAGGGGCAUCGGCAUCGAGGGGCUGGGCUGUUUGCUGGCCGGAGCCUGGGGCACAGGAAAUGGCACCACCUCGUACAGUGAGAACGUCGGCGCCCUGGGCAUUACGAAGGUGGGCAGUCGUAUGGUGAUCGUGGCCAGCGGGGUGCUGAUGGUGGUCAUGGGUGUGUUUGGUAAAGCCGGGGCCAUAUUCACCACCAUCCCGUCGCCUGUGAUCGGAGGCAUGUUCAUGGUUAUGUUCGGGGUCAUUUCAGCUGCAGGAGUUUCUAAUCUACAGUACGCAGAUAUGAAUUCAGCCCGAAACAUCUUCAUCUUUGGCUUUUCCAUGUUCUCUGGACUUGUCAUUCCUAACUGGAUACUGAAGAACCCGACAGCCAUCGCUACAGGUGUGGUAGAACUGGACCAGGUGCUGCAGGUCCUUCUCACAACCAGCAUGUUUGUGGGAGGUUUCUUUGGCUUCGUGCUGGACAACACCAUUCCAGGAACAAAGCACGAACGAGGCAUCCUGGCGUGGAACAAGGCUCACGAGGACGAUUCCAGCAACACGCUGGAGAGCGGAGAGGUCUACGACCUCCCCUUCGGCAUCAGCUCCUACUUGUCAUCCUCCUCCUGGCUCCGGUACAUACCGUUCUGCCCACCGGGUGCGCCCAGCUCUCUGGGUGGAUGUGGCGCAGAUGCUAAAUCCCUGGAGCCCAAGCAGCCGCUGGGGCACCCAGAGCCUGCACAAAUCAUUAUCGGAGUGGCUCUGUGAGUCGUGAAGUCUCUGUAGCGUGCCACUUUGGGGGAUUUUCCAAACGCAACAUCUGAGGCAGCUCGAUUUGGACCUCAUGGUCCUUGUUAAAGACAAUGUACUGUAACAACAGGGUGCAAAGUGUCUCUAAUGACCUUUUGGAGUGACCUUUGCGAUGCUAUCUUGACUAAUAUAUGGACAUCCUUUUGGGUAGGUGAAUAGAGAUAUUUUUCUGUACAAUCGAUUGUAUUUUCAUCGCCUAACACGUCUGAGUAUGAAUAAUGGUAUCAUUUAUUUAGAGCUUGAUGUUUUAUUAUAUUUCCACCCAGGUGCUAGACAAACACACAGUGAAAUGACACUUGAAUGCAGGCAGACCCUAAAUUUAACGCCGCCUUCUGCUUCCUGUUUAAAUGUAUGGGUGUGCAACGCAUCAUUUAAAUGGAGAUUUUCUGCAGCAGUGUAUAUUUAAUAUAGAGACCAGGCAACAUGCAUACCGUAUGUUGGAUUACAUGUUUUCACAGCUUUUCCCUCAAGUGAUUCAACCCACCAGUCUGUUCAUACUUACUCACUGAUAUCUUGUAUACAUAUUAAGUUCUCACACGGAACUGGACAGUGACAUACAAGUUCACGAAAGACUCCUAUGUUGUGAAGCGUGGUCGUCUUAUUCCACAGGACUGGUGAAGUAACAUUAAAAAUGGGCGGAUGGAAGCUCUUCCUUUGA